GUCCCGGAGCCUAUAAUAGACAGAAAUACUGGGGAGGAGUUGCCGAUAUUGACUCACACCUACUAUGCCAUACAGAAUCAGAGGACCAGUAAGUACUUGAUAUGGUUUGGCAAAGCGGGCACUCAGGCCGAGGAUCUGGAUUAUAAUAAACCCAAGUUUUGGCAUAUAUUUCAUAAACUGGACAAAGGGUGGUAUAAAAUGUAUCACCACUUCUGGACUGCCCCAGACAGCGCUGAGCACCCGAAUGCCGACGCCGACAUGAACGGCACUAUCAAGUGCUUCAUACCGGAUGGCUCCAAAAAGGCCACAGAUGUCGAUCAGAUGAAGCCAUCACCCGACCGGCCCAACCCACUAUUCAAAACACUCGUACCUAUCGGUGCACUUAUAAUCUUAGGCAUUGUCUUAUAUGUGAUAAAGGUAUUCCUGUUCAGGGUUCCCAGCCUACUGUUAUAUAUACCCAUAGUAAUCCAGCUCAUAUAUCCGAACCUGCCAACCCUCAAGAUAGUAAACGAU